UAUAUGCAUACUUCUCUCCUUUGUGACCAAUAAAGUGUAGUGUUAGCCACUAGUGAGAUCAUCUCUUCAAUCUCCUUAUCUGCUGUUCAUUACAAAGUGAUGAAGCUAUAUUAAUGAUGGAGAGUGUGAAGCCAUUGGAUGUUACUUCAGGAAAAGGAAAACUCAGACGCGCGUUUGUGAAAGUCAUCAACAUCAAAAAGCUAACCGGUGUGGUUCCAGAAGGUGACAAGAUUGAGAAGCUGAAGGUAGAUAAAGACUUAGUAAAGAAUGCUGCAAACCUCUCAGAGUCUUUCGACAAGCUUGAGGAAGAGUAUGAGAAAAGACUCGCCAUGGAAGCUCUUCUCGCAAAGCUCUUUGCUACUGUCUCUUCCAUAAAAUCAGGCUACGCGCAGUUGCAGUACGCUCAGUCACCGUACGAUCCAGCUGGGAUACAGAGAGCAGACAGCUUGAUCGUGUCAGAGCUGAAGACAUUAUCUGAAAUGAAACAGAGUUUCUUCAAGAACGAGUUUGAUACAAAUCCCGAUAGAACUCUAGUCCUCGCCGAGAUUCAAGAGCUCAGAAGUUUGCUAAAGACUUACGAGAUCACGGGAAAGAAGAUGGAGUGUCAGCUAAAGCUUAAAGACUCUGAGAUCCUCUUUCUGAAAGAGAAGUUUCAAGAUUUAAUGAGUCAGAACAAGUUGAUGGAGAAGAGACUUAACCAAAGCGGUCCACUGGAUCAUAAUAACAGUCCAACUCAUUUCGUUACUUAUCUUCACCACACAGUCAAAUCAAUCCGUGGAUUCGUUAAAAUAAUGGUUGAGCAAAUGAGAUUCGCUGGUUGGGACGUCCUUACAGCAGCUGAAUCAAUACAGUCUGAAGUCUUGUACUACAAGAAAGACCACACGUGUUUUACUUUCGAGCAUUUCGUUUGUAAAGUAAUGUUCGAAGCGUUUCAUCUACCUUACUUCUCAACCGAAUCAUCUUCAUCAUCAUCAAAGAAGAGUAAAGAGAUGUUCUUUGAGAGGUUCACGGAGCUUAGAUCAGUGAAAGCGAGAGAGUAUAUCACGUUAAGGCCUAAAUCAAGAUUCUCUAGGUUUUGUAGAGGUAAGUAUUUGCAGCUCGUGCAUCCGAAGAUGGAGCUCGCGUUCUUCGGACAUUCACACGUGAGGAACCAAGUUAAUGCGGGGGAGUUUCCGGAGACGAGUUUCUGCGCUGCGUUUUUGGAGAUGGCGAAACGGGUUUGGCUGUUGCAUUGUCUUGCGUUCUCGUUUGAUCCUGAGGAAGCUUCGAUCUUUCAGGCUUCUAGAGGUUGUAGAUUCUCGGAAGUGUAUAUGAAGAGCGUGUCGGAAGAAUGUUUGUUGUCGGAGUCUGAGCCGAGUGUCGCGUUUACUGUGGUUCCUGGGUUUAGAAUCGGGAAGACUUCGAUACAGUGCGAGGUUUACCUCGCUAGUUCAAAGUCAACGGCAGGGGUAUUAAGGUAAUUUAAGUGGUGGGGGUAUUUUUGGGUUUUAGGAAAUAAAUGAUGGAAAAAUUUGCUGACCGUUGGAUCAAGUAUGGCAGAUUAUGCUUGUGUUGUUUUUUUAUAUAAAAUAUAUAUUUUGUCAAUAUUAGAGCAGAGAGACUGAAGCAUCUCUGAGCUGUUUUCCAUCAAUUAUUAUCUAUCGUCACUAUCUUAUGUAAAUAAUUCGUAAUAAUAAUAUAUUUUCAAUUUAUG